AUGUACGUUUUUACUCCAGGUGACGAGGAUGACGUUUCCACGUUUCAAGAGGAACAUGAGCAGGAAAAAAGCAGACGAAAAAGAAGGAAUAACGACAGAGAGAAAAAGAAGAAGGGAAAUGGAAAGAGAAGAGGAGCUUCUAGAGCAGGAGAAGGUGAAGAGGAAUUGCAAGACAUAGGUGAGAGUAAAGAAAGGGGCAGGAGAAGGAGGGCAAAGAAUGAUGGAGAUGAAAAGGAAAGAGAGAGAGAUGAAGAGGAGCAGGCCAAAAUAAAGAGUGACAGGACAGCAAAAACUAAGAAGAAACUAAAAAAUGAAAAAAGAAGAAAAAAGGAGGAGGUGGUUGAGGAGGAGGAAGAUGGACUAGCUGAAGAUGGAAAUGCCAAGGGAAAAAAGAAACAUGGAAGUGCCAAAAAAGAAGAGAAAGAAGAGGGUGGGGGCAAACAUACAGUGAAAGAGAAAGUAAAGAAGAAGAAGAAGAAGCACAAGAAAGUAGUCGAGAUGAGUUCAGGACAGGAAACAAGUGAUGAGGAAGAUGUCAAUGAAGAAGAGGACAAUGAAAAGAAAGUGGUCAGGCCGGAGUCCCUUUCACCGGAGGAGCUGGAGAAGCUGAAGGAGGCGGUAGAUGAGAGGAAAAAACUGAUCCAAGGUCUCAGGGGGAAGCCCUGGCCCAUGAAAAAGAAACUCACAACUUUAAGAGAGUCUCAGGAGUUUGUGGAGAAAUACGAGGGAGCUUUGGGUAAAGGGAAAGGCAGGAAGCUCUAUGCAUACAAGGUUAUGAUGACCAAGAAAUGGAUGAAGUUUCAACGGGACUUUGAAAACUUCAAAACUGCCUGCAUUCCAUGGGAGAUGAAAAUCAAAGAGAUUGAAAGUCAUUUUGGCUCCUCAGUUGCCUCUUACUUUAUCUUCCUGCGGUGGAUGUAUGGCAUCAACAUGAUCUUGUUCAGUCUGACCUUUGGCCUGGUCAUGGUACCAGAGGCAUUAAUGGGGCGACCCUAUGGCAGCAUGCCAAGAAAGACGGUCCCAAGGGCUGACGAGGCCGGUGCCAUGGACUUUGCUGUCUUAUGGGACUUUGGAGGUUACGCCCAGUAUUCAGUCCUCUUCUAUGGUUACUACAACAAUCAACGUGCCAUUGGCUGGCUCAAGUUCCGUAUGCCUCUGUCUUACUUCUUAGUUGGUGUGGGCACAGUGGCCUAUAGCUACAUGGUGGUCAUCAGAACGAUGGCCCGUAAUGCGAACGAGUCAGGAGUUGGAGAUGAUAACAGCUUUAAUUUCAGCUGGAAGAUGUUCACUAGCUGGGACUACUUGAUAGGAAACCCUGAAACUGCAGACAAUAAGUUCGCCUCCAUCACCACCAGCUUCAAGGAGGCUAUCUUAGAGGAGCAAGAAAACCGAAAGGAUGACAACAUCCAUCUGACUCGUUUCCUGCGGGUGCUGGCCAACUUCUUGGUCUUGUGCUGCUUAGCAGGAAGUGGAUACCUCAUCUACUUUGUAGUGCGCCGCUCUCAAAAGUUUGCCCUCGAAGGGCUUGAGAAUCACAGCUGGUGGGAAAGGAAUGAGGUGAACAUGGUCAUGUCAUUACUGGGGAUGUUCUGCCCCAUGCUGUUUGACGUCAUCAGCUCCCUGGAGAAUUACCACCCCCGUGUCGCCCUGCAGUGGCAGCUGGGUCGCAUAUUUGCUCUGUUCUUGGGAAAUCUCUAUACCUUCAUCAUUGCACUAAUGGAUGAGAUCAACCUCAAAAGGGAAGAGGAAAAGGUCAUAAAGUUUAAUGUAACCACAUGGGAAGCCAGUCAUUACAAUGGUACUGUAUCAGAAAACAGCACUGUGUCACCCAUCUUUAUCCACCCUGCUGAUGUGCCCAGGGGGCCCUGCUGGGAGACCAUGGUGGGGCAGGAGUUUGUGCGGCUUAUCAUAUCUGAUACCAUGACAACCUACAUCACACUGCUGAUUGGUGAUUUUUUGAGAGCUGUGCUUGUUCGUUUUCUCAACUACUGCUGGUGCUGGGACCUGGAGGCUGGAUUCCCAUCGUACUCUGAAUUUGAUGUUAGUGGGAACGUCCUGGGCCUGAUCUUCAAUCAAGGAAUGAUAUGGAUGGGUGCUUUCUAUGCCCCCUGCCUGCCUGCCCUGAAUGUCCUCCGACUCCACGUGUCCAUGUACCUGCAGUGUUGGGCAGUGAUGUGCUGCAAUGUGCCACAGGAAAGAGUCUUCAAAGCUUCUGGCUCCAAUAACUUCUACAUGGCCAUGUUGCUGGUCAUCCUCUUCCUGUCCACUCUGCCUGCCAUCUACACCAUCGUCACCAUCCCCCCGUCAUUUGACUGUGGGCCCUUCAGUGGCAAGAAUCGUAUGUUUGAUGUGAUUCAAGAGACAUUGGAAUCGGACUUCCCAGCCUGGUUUAGUAAAAUAUUCAGCUAUGCCUCCAACCCUGGACUGGUGCUACCUUUCAUAUUGCUUAUGGUGCUGGCUAUUUAUUACCUGCAAUCCACAUCCAAAAGCUACAAAGAAGCUAAUGUGGAACUGAAGAAGAAACUACAAACACAAAAUGAAGAGAACAAGAAGAAGAACAAGCGAGCAGCAUUGAAGGCUGCAAUGGAUUUAGAGGAGGCCAGAAAAGCUGCAUCAGAACAACAAAAGAACAAUAAUGCUUCACUACAAGAUCAUCAAGGUGGGGAAGAAAACCAUGGCAGCAGUCAGAGGUUGUAUCAUAGUAAGAAUGGACGCAACCCACCUACUUCUGUUAGAUACCAAGAGCGUCAACUUCCAGCCACCAGAGCCCCUAUCCCCAGGACUCAUCACCACAGCAACCACGGGGCUCCUGGAUACCUGCCCGGUUUCACUCGACAGAGUGAACCAAUGAUGUACAGGGUGCCGAGCCUGCAGAGACACUGAGGGGCUUAUUAGCAAAUGCCCCUCAAAACCAAGCACUUUACUGAGAAAGUAAUGCUCACAUAUACGAGAC